AUGAGGAUAGCCACGAUAGCACUCGCAAUCACUCUGGGCCUCGCCGUUCAGGUGGCCGCGGACCCAAAGCGCAAAUGGGGCUCCCGUUUCUGCCACAAGACAGGCCAAGGUUGCCCUCGGCUGAAGCGCGCUGCGGAGCCUCUGCCCCUCCCCGAUACUGAGACUCUCAAAAGGGCCGAGGCGGAAGCGGUCAAAUCCUACAUCGCUAAGAGAGAUUUGAAAACAGAUGCCAAGGACUCCGGUAUCUGCUGGCAGCCGAACCAGGCCUGCGACAAGCUAAAGCGCGCUGUCGAGGAGGCCACCGAUGAGCUACUCUCCGUUCCGGGCUACGAGUUGGACGAGAGCGAUGCAGCUUCCCAAGAUAUUUGUGGAGCACCAAACAAGCCCUGCCACAAGGCCAAGCGUUCUGCUGAGGCAUUGGCUGCAGCUAUCGCGGAGGCCGCCCCGUUUGCUUUUCCUGAAGCUGAUCCAAAGCGUAAAUGGGGCUCCCGCUUCUGCCACAAGACAGGCCAAGGUUGUCCUAGGGUGAAGCGCGACGGUACCCUGGAAGCUCCGAGUCCCCCCGCAGACACACCCGCAGAUCCUGCCACGGACGUGGAAGAGAAUUUGGAGGUUGAUCCGGAGGCCGAAGCGGACGCUGUUCGCUUCUGCCACCUUCCGGCCCAGGAGUGUGACAAAAUCCAUCGGGCGGCCCAGGUUAUUGAAAAUUCCCUUGAUGGGGCUGAGCCCUCGGUCGAUGGAUCCGCUCUCUGCAGCUUGCCCGGCCAUGAUUGUCACAAGGCGAAGACGGCGGCCAAGGCACUUGCCCAGGCAGCGCUUGAUGCUGUUUCCAAUAUUCCGGUCCCGGAAGCUGAUGCAGCCGGGCCGCACGGACCGUCUGGGCCGUUCGCGAGCUUCAACGCAGCAGCGCGAAAGCUCUCGCGGCCAUAUAGAGCAAUGCGCUCGCGAAUCUUCCGCGCAGCAACAUCCGCUAAAUCUGAACAAGAGAAACCCUACUACCUCACAACACCCAUCUUCUACGUCAAUGCUGCUCCCCAUGUCGGACACCUGUACACCAUGGUCCUUACGGACAUCCUCAAGCGGUGGCAGCUGCUUCGAGGCCGGACCGCCAUACUAUGCACGGGGACCGACGAACAUGGCAUGAAGAUUCAGCAAGCAUCCUCACAAGCUGGCAGUGAACCGAAGCCUUUCUGCGACAAAGGUGCCGAGGUUUUCAAAAGACUAGCAGCUCGAGCGGGAGUACUCAAUGAUCACUUUGUUCGUACAACGGACCCUGAACACAAGGAAGCCGUUCAAUAUGCAUGGUUCUUACUCAGAGAAAGAGGCUACAUUUACACCUCCAAACAUGAGGGUUGGUACUCUGUCAGCGACGAGACGUUCUACCCUCAAUCUCAAGUCCACCUUAUCCUCGACCCUGCGACCGGCCCUUCCUUGAAGACGUCGAUGGAAACAGGAAAAGAAGUUGAGUGGACCUCCGAAAUCAACUAUCAUUUCCGGCUGUCCGCCUUUCGAGACCGCCUUCUCUCAUUCUACGCCGAGAAUCCGGAGUGGAUAAAGCCUGCCUCCCGAAUGGCCGACGUCGUACAAGCCGUAUCUUCCGGUCUUGAGGACCUCAGCAUAUCGCGCCCCGUGGAGCGUCUCAGCUGGGGUAUACGAGUGCCCGAUGAUGAAAGUCAGACCAUUUACGUCUGGCUGGAUGCGCUGGUCAACUACAUCACAAAAGCCGGGUAUCCGUGGCAGCCGGGCAAGGAGCAUGUGCAAGGCUGGCCAGCGGACGUGCAGGUUAUUGGCAAGGACAUUGUAAGAUUCCACUGCAUAUACUGGCCCGCCUUCCUCUUCGCCUUGGACAUUCCACCUCCUCGCAAUAUUCUCACCCAUGCACACUGGACUCUUGGGAAGCAGAAGAUGGCAAAAUCAACUGGAAAUGUUGUGAACCCAUUCUUCGCACUCGACCGCUUCGGCGUGGACACGAUGCGCUACUAUCUCGCACAUGACGGGGGUAUCGCCCAAGAUGCGGACUACAGCAACUACUACAUAAUCGAGAGAUACAAGAAGGGGCUUCAGGGCGGCUUGGGCAAUCUAGCGAGUCGUGUAAUGAGAGCAAAGGGGUGGAGUGUACGGCGUGCGGUCCUGGAUAUGUGUCAUGAAAUUGCAGACGCUUCACCUUCCGACGCGUCGGCCGCAGCACAGCGGGCUAUGCUACUGGAGCUGCCGGAGGCGGUGGCGAAGGAGUUUGGUGAUUUAAAUGUCGGCAGUGCGCUCAAGGUGAUAAUGGACGCAGUCUAUGAAACGAACAAGUAUUUACAUGCAGCUUCACCGUGGAAACAAGUUCCGGAGUUCGAGAAAGGGUCGUCGCCGCCUCGAGUCCCGGAGAUAGAUCGUACCAUCUUCCUCUGUGCUGAGGCGCUACGCGUAGUAGGCAUUCUACUGCAGCCAUAUGUGCCCAACAAGGCUGCGCAGCUGCUGGAUAUGCUCGGCGUGCAGACGGACAGGAGAAGCCUCGAGUACGCAAGGCUCGGCUCGGAUGACAGUUACGGCGAGAGCUCCGUAGAACUUGGGAGAGGACCCCAGGGCACCCUAUUCCCCCCACUGGCGAGUGACCUGUGA